AUGACAAAUCCUUAUGAUGGUUAUAUUCAACAAAUUUUAGAAUUAAAACACCAAUUAGAUGAACAAUCAAAACUUGUAGAAGAAGAAUACUGUGAUGCUUUUAACCAAAUAAAAGAAAUAGCAUUAGCUGUUGGAUUUGAAGAUGAUAAACCAAUACAGCCAUAUCAAGUUGAAUUUCAAUUGUCACAUCGUGACAUAAUUAUGCCAUCACUACCCAAAGAAUUUAGUACAGCUAUCGAUAAUUUAAAAAGAGGAAAAUGCAACAGUCAGAUUAGUGUUUCUGAGUUAAUGAAGUCGUUAAGAGCAGAAUGGCUUGGAGAUGAAGUAGUUAAUGGAUUUAUUGAGUUAUUACAAAAUAAAAGAAUUGGAUUUUUAAAUUCAUUCUUUUUUACAAAAUUAUCAAAAAAUUGGAGUUUAUCAGGCAAUCGAAUUGACUUUGAAAAUAGUAAACGUUGGGUAAAAAAUAAUGAUUUGUUUUCAUAUGAAAAAGUACUUAUUCCAAUCAACAUCAGUAAUACUCAUUGGGUACUUAGUGUUAUUGAUAAUGAUGAACAUACUAUUAGUGUUUACGAUUCUUUAUCUGGGGGAAGGAGUUGUCAAAAUAUCAGUUUAAAAAUAGCUGCUUUUGUUAGAAGAUUAGCUGAUGAAACUGGUCAUUUAGGGACGUAUAAUAUUAUUGAUAUAGAUGAUAAUCCAAAACAAAGUAACGGAUACGAUUGUGGUGCUUUUACCUGUAAAUGUGCUGAUUGCAUUUCUUUAGGAGUGCCAUUAGAGUUUACACAAAAGGAUAUGCCUAAAUGGAGAGAGUUAUUAGUUGCUCAAGUGAUUGUAGGCAAAUUAAUAGUACCAAGAGAUUAA